GUUCAACCAAAACUACAUCAACACCUUCAAGAAAUGGCCGCAAAUGAAUCUAAUACUACCCUGAAAGAAAAGAACAAAACUAACAUAGAUCCAGUGCGUCCUGUUGCCAACUUCCCUCCUCCUAUCUGGGAUGAUCGUUUAUUGUCAUUAACUGUUGACUAUUUGGAGUUGGAAGCAUAUGCUAAAGCCUUUGACGAACCAAAAGAAGAGCUGAGAAGAUUGAUAAUUAAUGUAAACAUGGAUUCAAAUGCGAAAUUAUGUUUGAUCAAUUCUGUCUACCGUCUUGGCUUGAGAUAUAUGUUUCGGGAAGAGAUUGAAUGUCAACUUGACAAACUUUUCAAGGAACUGAACAUGGAAGAUUAUGAUCAAGCUGAUCUUUAUACAAUUUCGACAAACUUCCAAGUUUUCAGACAACAUGGUUAUAAAUUGUCUUGUGAUGUGUUUAACAAGUUCAAAGACCAUAGCUCAGGUGAAUUCAAGGAAUAUAUUACAGCUGAUGUGAGGGGCAUGUUAAGUUUUUAUGAAUCUACACAACUGAGAAUAAGAGGAGAAUCUAUUUUAGAUGAAGCUUUCGUGUUCACAGAAGCUCAACUUGUAGAUGUUGUAGACACACUUGAAGGUAAUCUUGCACGGCAGGUGAGACAUGCGUUGAGGAGUCCUUUUCAUCGAGCAACUACACAAGGAAGAACUGUGCAUUUUCACAAAGUAAGUUAA